AUGCAUUUUAUGGCAGGCCCUGCAUGUAGUCGGAGUCUGGGGCCCCUGGGCCUCCACAGCAACCCCCAAGCUCUGUACAUGGUCCUCUUAAUAGCGCUGGUCAUGAUGAGCUUGGUGUUUGGUAAAUUCGAUCGAGUCAAUCAAGAGCCCCCUUAUCCAGAUCAACUCCCCAAAUACCUGCGCUGCUAUCGGUGCCUCUUGGAGACCAAGGAGCUGGGGUGCCUGCUGGGAUCCGACAUUUGCCUGGCCUCCCCUGGCAGCAGCUGUAUGACUCUCUUCAUCAAGAACAGCAGUGGCUCUGACAUCAUGGUGAGUGACUGUCGUCGCAAGGACCAGAUGAGUGAUUGCUCACGUACCCGUGCUUCUCCGGUGUUUGGCUUCUGGAUGUUCUCUCGAUGCUGUUUCCAGAAUUUCUGCAAUAACCCACAGAACAGAGAGUUCUACAUACCAUAG